CAUACCUAUUUGCCCUCAAUGGUCGCUGUGUCUGACCGUCGUAUUUCUAUACCUAACAAAUUAUCUUAUUCGAAACGAAACCAGUCCGGCUUGGUAUUACAAGCGACGCGCUCGUGCACAUUGCAUUGUAACAUAUUUUGAUAAAGUCUAAUAUGGUGAAAAUACACAAUUUCGGCGCCGGCCCGGCAAAAUUACCCGAAGAAGUAUACGAAAUAAUAAAAGAUGAAUUGACCAAUUUCGAUGGCACAGGAAUUAGUUUAUUGGAAACCAGUCACCGUUCGCAAACUUACCUUAAAUUGAAUACAGAAGUACAAGAUGUUGUAAGAAGAUUGUUAAACGUGCCGAGCAACUAUAAGAUCUUGUUCUUGGCGGGUGGGGGUCAGGGCCAGUUCGCAGCGAUACCUCUUAACUUAAUAUCCAGGACAGGGACCGCAGACUAUGUAAUCACAGGUACAUGGUCGGAUAAAGCUGCAAAAGAAGCGAAAAAGUAUGGUAAAGUGAACCUAGUACUACCACCGACGGACCGAUUCACGGGCAUUCCAGACGUAUCCACAUGGAAACUUGACCCUAACGCCUCUUAUGUUUAUAUUUGCACGAACGAAACUGUUCACGGAGUGGAAUUUGACUUCAUACCAGACACAAAGGGCGUACCUUUAGUCGCCGAUAUGUCCUCUAAUUUUAUGUCAAAGAAAAUUGAUGUUUCCAAAUUCGGUGUUAUCUACGGUGGUGCGCAGAAGAACAUUGGCACAGCGGGGGUCACUCUGGUCAUAGUGCGAGAAGAUCUGUUGAAUCAAGCCUUGCCAAUUUGCCCCUCUAUCCUCGACUGGACUGUCACAGCAAAGAAUGAUUCCAUACUUAACACACCACCUAUGUUUGCUAUUUAUGUAAUGGGUCGAGUUCUUCAAUGGAUAGAAAGAAAAGGCGGUUUGGAUAAAAUGGCUGAAAUGGCAACAAAGAAAUCUUCUUUGGUAUACAAAGCUAUAGAAGAGUCUAACGGUUUCUACUACGCUCCGGUUGCUAAGAAUUCGAGGAGUAAGAUGAACAUACCCUUCAGGAUCGGUUCUCCAGAAGGUAAUGAUGUGCUGGAGAAGGAAUUCUUGAAGGGCGCAGAAGCGAGAGGUCUUAUACAGUUGAAAGGACAUCGUAUGGUGGGAGGUAUCCGCGCCUCCACCUACAACGCCGUGACGGUUGAGGAAGUGGAAACACUCGUCAACUACAUGAAGGACUUCCAUAAACAACAUUCCAAGUGAUUUAAUGUAAUAAGUGUAACAUUU